GAAUCACCCUCCCGGGCAGGUUCCACGAGCUCAACAUCCACUACGGGGUCUUCCUGGGCGGGAUGGGUGACUUCACUGAGGUCUUCCUGGGACUCCUCGACGACUUCCGCGGCUGUCUGGACCAGGUGAUGUACAACGGGCUGGAGGUCCUCCGGGAGGUGCAGGAGGACCCUAAGUCGUCGCAGGUGUAUGGAGUCGAGUGGGAGUGUUCGGAGGAGUUCGAUGCCACCCCCGACGUGGCUAUCAGCUUCAUCAAACCCGGAGCGUACGUGGCCUUCCAGGACUCCUACCCCAGGACGGGAGGAUCCAUCAAGAUGGAGAUCAAGACGCAGUCAGAACACGCACUACUUCUCUAUAACACCGGGCCACCAUCCAGAUCCGAUUUUAUCGCCCUUGAGAUCUAUGAGGGUCACCUCAGGCUCAUCCUCGAUAAAGGCAAUGGAGCUGUCGGCCUCAACAGCUCCAUCUUCAUCAGUGACGGAGUGUGGCACAAGCUGGAGGCCCACUUCAAGCCUGCCUACAUGGAACUCAACGUCGACGACCACAUCGAGGACCAGCCAACCCACGUUGGCGAGAACAAGUUCUUUGACCUCUCCGGCUACCUCUUCAUCGGGGGAGUGGAGGUCAACAGGCAAGCCCGAGCUGUCAGCCAGGGGGCCAAGAAUGGUGACAAGAGCCUCGAGGGCUGCAUCCAGAGCGUGAGUGUAGGGGAGAAAAGCUUGAGCAUUCGGGACGCCCAGAUCACCCAGGGCAUCAAGGCCGAGUGCCAGUGGGCGUACCCAUGCCUCAAGAACCCCUGUGUGGAUGGCAGCCGCUGCCUUCAGGAAGGCACUGACGGGUUCAAGUGCGAGUGCGACCUGGCCCUCUGCGUGCGCCAGAACUUCACCACCGCCUACAAGGUCUUCACCAAAACUACUCUGCCCUUUGAUCUCGAGGUGCUGAGUCUGACGCCCAUGGAGGUGCAGGAGGGCGGCCAGGCGCUCAUCACCUCAGACCAUCUUAACCUCGUCCUCGACUAUGAGAAGUAUGGCGUCCGGGAGUCCGGCGUUCUCUUCCACGUGAUCACGCGACCGUCGCGAGGACGUCUUGACGUACACAUCUGGCGUCGUCCCGAGGACACCAUCUUCACCCUGCUGGACCUGAACAACGACCGCGUCGCCUACGUCCACGACGGCUCCGAGACCACUGAGGACUCCAUCGUGCUGGAGCUGGAGCUGGUGACCCGCUCCGGGUACAUUCUCCCUUCUUACCUGCAGUCUCGACACCGGUUCGUGUUGCCAGUCCGUGUGAUAGCCAGGAACGACGCGCCAACUCUCCAGCUGCCGCCAGGGAAGGUAUUGAGGCUGGCUGCUGGCACCACCAAGGUACUCACCCCUGAGAUCGUCUCGGUCGUCGACAGCGACACCCCGCCCAGCAAGCUCAGAAUAACAGUUCUUAACCUGAAGGAGCGCGAUGGAAGCUACCUGGAGAACUCCAAGUCGCCAGGUAUUCCUAUUCACUCCUUCACCCAGGAGCAGCUCAACCAGGGAGUCAUAUCAUACGUCCACCGAGGAGAACCCAAUACCAAGAUCGUCCUCAAAGUCUCAGACGGCAUCGAGACUGGAGAACCAACCAUCUUGAGAGUGGCAGCCUUCGACCUGCAAGUGUAUCUAGUCAACAACACGGGGUUGAGUCUCACCCACGGCAGCUGGGCCAUGAUCACCCCCAUGAACCUCUCCUACACCACAAACACUCCAGAACAAGACCUAGAGAUUCACUUUGACAUAACGGGUUUACCUCGUUUCGGCGCCGUCCAAAGACUGCGCAGCAGCGAUCGCUGGCAGAACGUGAACCAGUUCAGCAGUCGACAGCUGGAGAAGGACAAGAUAAGGUACAAACACACCUCUAAGGAACCCAGUGAAGAUGAGUUCAGGUUUAAGAUAUCUGCUGGUCAACAUAUGUUCCCAACAGAGUAUACCUUCGGAAUUUCGUUUGUGUCUGUUACGGUUGAUGUUAUCAGGAAUGCUGAGCUGCUCAUCGACAGAAUCCAGGAGAGUUUUAUCUCUGAAGGUUUUCUCCAGAGUGAGACAAAACCAGAUGCUACUCCUGGCAAAGAUAUCAUGUAUAAGAUUGUAAUUCCUCCAUUAUAUGGCGCUAUCUUCUUAAGCUCCGGAGACUUGACCCAACAUAAACAACUGGAAAAAGGUUCCACUUUUAGUCAGGAAGACAUUGCCAAAGGCAGAAUCAAAUACAAACUACACCGUAAGAGCUACUCAACUCUUCGUGAUUCCUUUCAAUUUCAAGUUUCCAGUAAUGGUCGCACCAGUGAGGUCCAUACCUUCAAUAUAAGACACAACCCGCCUCCUGUGGACGCUAACAUCGUUGUCGAACGCCUGGACGUUCAGGAGGGCUCCAGGGAGAAAAUUACAGACAAAUAUUUGAAUAUAGAAGUCCGAGGAAUAAGUAAUAUUGUUUUCAAUGUCACUUCGUCCCCUAAGCAUGGCUCAAUCAACAUAAUUGAUGAGUCAAUGAUUCUUCCAGACAGAAUAAAUACCACAUUCUUUACUUUACAUGAGAUCAAAUCUGGUUCAGUAUUUUAUCAACACGAUGAUUCAGAAACAACUAAAGAUCGUUUUCUGUUCGUGGCUUUAGCUGAGGAUCCAGAUGUGGAUUUUCAAUAUGUGGGAAUUAUGCACUUUCGAAUCAUCAUGAUCAAUGAUAAUCAUCCAAUCAGGAUCAUGGAGAAGGUUCUUAAUGUUGUCACACAAAGUGAAAGAGUUGUGACUUCCAAUGACUUGUUGUAUAUUGACCCAGACUUAGAUACUCCUUCAACACAGAUCCAGUACACCAGACGGAAAAUCCCAAAUGGUGAAUUUUUCCAUGUAGAGGACAGAUCCGAACCUGUAUAUUUGUUUACACAGGAAGAUAUCGACCGACGUCGCAUUGUGUUUCGCCAUGAUGGGCCUUCUUACGGCAAGGCUGUAAUCUCCGUUACGGACGGAGAUCUCUCCUCUACGGGCAUCUUGGAGAUCGUGGCAUCUGAACCCUUUAUCGAGAUUGUCAAUAACAGUGGGAUCAUUGUCCCACGAGGCCAGGAGGCCGUCGUCUCCAACUACAACUUGAGCGUGGAGACCAAUAUGAACGCGUGGGGGUCAGCUAUCGUGUUCUACGUCACCACACCGCCGCGAUAUGGCCGCCUGGUGAUGCAUGGACAGUCCGGUGUCAAGCAUCAGUUUACAGAGGCAGACCUUCAGACCGGAAAUCUCAAGUAUAUUAACAAAGGAGAACCCAGUUUUAGGGAUGAAUUUCGCUUCCAGGCGAGAAUCGGCGAUACAACCACUGACGGCAUCUUCGAGAUUAAGGUGUACCCGGAGAGCUACUGGGAGCCGCUGGUGGUGCUCAACAACGCCACGGUCAAGGUGGAGGAGGGCUCCAGGGUGACCAUCGACCAGGCCGCCCUCAAGAUCAUGCACCCUAAUAUAGCGCCCUCAGAUAUCACUUAUGUCAUCGUCCAGCGUCCUCAGAAUGGCUACUUGGAGGUCGACUUCGGCCAGACCACCACAUCAGAGUACGAGGAUGACGCCAGUCUCCUCAGACCUGAAGUGAGUGUGUUCGACCAAGCCCUCAUUAACGAGGGUCGAGUCCAGUACGUGGAGGUGGGCACUAACGUCACCAACGACCACUUUGUCUUCGACGUAACCAACGGGAUCUCCAGCCUCUCUCGCCUCGUCUUCGCUAUCCAGGUAAUCCCCAAGACGAUCUACCUGUCGGCGGGGCUGCUGGAGGUGGACGAAGGGUCCCAGACGAUCGUGACGGCGUCGGUGGUGACGGUGCUCACGGAGUAUUACAGCGACAAAAUUGCACAGUACCUAGUGGCGUCUCAGCCGACGGCCGGCCAGCUGGAGCUCUCUACCAGGCCGCGUCUGAGGGUGGAGGCCUUCACUCCGCUCCAGCUGCAGCAGGGCCUUAUAUCGUACGUGCACGACGGGUCUGAGCGGCUCCAGGACACCUUCAGCGUGGUGGCGGUGUCUGGGGUGCGGCAGAGUGUUCCCGCCGUAGUCAACGUCUCGGUCCGCGGCCUCAACGACGAGGCGCCGUUCGUCAUCAACAACACGGGUCUCACCAUCUGGGAGGGCAACACUGUUCGCAUCUCCUCCUCUAACUUGGCUGUGAUGGAUCCGGACACCCCCUCAGAGAACUUGACCAUCAGCGUAGCCACUCCGAGCUCGGGGUUCGUGGCCCUCUCAUCCAACCUCACCCACCCUGUGUCCGCCUUCACCCAGGCUGACGUCAACGAGGACCGAGUUUUUUUCAUCCAUACAGGUGGAUUGUCUGGGAUGUUUCGGUGGCAGGCGAGUGACCAGGUGCAUGGUACGGGCUCACACAUGUUCACCAUCACUGCUAAGGAGCUCCACCUCUCCCUCCACCAUAACAAGGAGCUGUGGGUGUUUCCUAUGAUGCAGCAACCCAUCACCCCUGCUGUGCUGCUCACUCUCACCAACGAUUACGACUCUCAUCGUUCUGUGGUAUACAUAGUCCGUCAAGCUCCCUCGCUAGGCCAGCUGCUUCUAGAGGAAGCAGGUGUUCGAAUGCCUGUAGAAAACUUCACACAGCGUCACAUCAAUGAAUCUCGUAUUGUUUUCGAGCACACUAAACCAUUUUCCGAGCUUUCUACUAGUGACAUAUUUGUGUUCGAUGUGGAAACACCAUUCGCUGAGCCCCUCAAGGACCAGGAAUUUCACGUGGAAGUGUCUGUGGCCAGUCCAGGAGGGGGAGGUCUGGAGCGGUACCUUGGGCUCGCACCUCUGGUAGUGGCAGAAGGAGGACAAGCCACUGUGCGCCCUGAUAACCUCAAUCUCUCUGCAGUGAUGGAGUUCAUAGAGGGCUAUCCAGGGGCUGUGAGCAUCGACCGGCCCUCACCAAAAUUAGUGACUACUGUAACUGUUAUCCCUUCUCAUGGGGUGUUCACUUUGCGGAAGAGAAACCUAACGGAAGGGUAUACCUUCACAGCUCGUGAUAUUGAGAAAGGUCGUGUUAGAUAUGAUCACGAUCACAGUGAUACACUCUCAGAUACGUUAGGAUUUAGUGUCUCUUUGGCAGGUAAUGGAUCUUCACCUGAUGUACUCUUGUUCAAUGGCUCUCUGAAUGUAAGCGUGACACCUGUGAAUGACCAGCCAUUCACACUGGAAACAGCAGCACCUGUUCUAAAAGUGGUGCACCGGCAAAAUGCUGUUAUUACCAAUGAAAGUCUCCUGACCACCGAUCCCGACAACAUGCCUAGUGAGAUUAUGUAUGAACUGAUGGGUGCUCCAGACCAUGGGCGCCUCAUUUUAGCUGAUAACUACAGUGUAGCCAUUCAAUCAUUUUCCCAGCUGGACGUGAAUACAGGGCGAAUUUUGUAUGCCCAUGAUGGCACUAACGGAUCAGCAAGGUUCUAUUUCAAAGUGUCUGAUGGAAAGCACAAGCCAAAAUAUACUGUAUUUACAAUUGAAAUACAGCCUUUGACACUAGAGCUGGUUAAUCACUCUGUCAUCCCACUCCGCCAGGCUACCACUGUUGCCUACCUUUCUCCACAGUAUCUUGCUGCAGUAACUAAUGGUAACCAUAACCAUAUAUUCUACAACAUCACCAGACCACCUAGGUUUGGUCGUUUAUACAUGAACGAUCAGGUGGUACACACCUUUGGCCAGGUGAAUGUCGAUAAGGGUGAAGUGCUAUAUAUGCAGAUGGAACUGAGUGAACCUGCUGACAACUUUCGUGUUGAUAUAUGGACGUGGGAGGCUACAGUGCAAGAUGUGGAAGUUCGUGUGGUGGUUUUACCAUUGGUCGAGUCCAAACCACUUAUAGCAGCAGUAGGUGGUCGGACAUGCCUCUCUCUGGAACACUUAGACGCUUCACAGCUUGCUACAACUACGGGAAGUAACCCUGUCUAUAAGGUAAAGAGACGGCCUCGUUUUGGUAGAAUAAAAAAGGUGAGCCAACGACUUAGGAGAUCAGUUCGCUCACAUGAAGUCCAUGAGUUUACCCAUGAAGAAAUCCGAGCUGGUUUAAUAUAUUAUGUUGCAAGAAAUCUCAAUUUAAAGGCUGAUGAGCCAUUGCAUGAUGCAUUGCAUUAUGUGCUACAGGUUCCCGCACCUGGGGUACAGCCAGCUGAAGGCACAUUGCACUUCACUCUAGUUGAGGCAGGUUUGGAUGAGGGUGCAGAACCUCCUAGACACUUGCGGCCAGAGCUUCCACCUUCUAUCCGUGGCAGUUCAGAACCUAGUACUCCUGGGACUGGAAACUCUGGCUUGUUCUUGGGUAUUCCUAAAGAUUAUGUGAUGAUGGUGGUGGCAGCUGUUGUUGCUGUCGUUGCAAUCAUUGCUGUCAUCGUUGUGGUACGAUGUGCAACAAGGCGUCGACACUCAGAUAAGAGAAGCGACGUUGGAAUGGAUGCUGAUGUAGCGUCACUACCCCCACCACUCCCAUCAGAUUCAAGACCAAAUUCAUUUAUGACUGAUGACCUAUCAGAGCUAGAGUGCCGACCCCCAGAGCUGCCAUCAUCUCCUCGGCCUGGUCGGCACCACCUGCAUCACCACCUCCACCAUAAUGGUGGCAGCGGUGGGUUGGGUCUGGCCGCCCACCUCACAGAUUCGGAGGCCUCGUGGCCCCACGACGCCUCACGUGAGGUGUCACCAGCAGUGCCUCAGUGUAAGGUGACGCCCCUCUGUACAGACACAGCGCCUCGUGACCCUCCUUACGACCCCCUUCUGGCUGGCUAUCCUUAUGGCGUGGACAACCAGCAGGCCGAGGAGUGGGGUCUUUAUGAGAAGCACCAGCCCAGGACCACCAACCCUAUGCUCAGGAAGAACCAGUACUGGGUAUAGAACUCAGCAGGGUGGGCAAACCACCACAAAUGGGGACUGUGACACCUCACGGAGGGAGACAUUAUGUCACCUGGCAAUGGCAUAGGUCCCACCGAGGGUAGUGUAGCCUACGAAGACUGACAUGGAAUGGGUCAUCUUCAUGUGAAGCACCUGCUGUAGACUUGGGGAUGUGGAAACCAUGCUUGUCGUCUUUCACUAUACCUAUGCAAUGUAACAGUUUCUCGGGAGACAGGCGAUGGUUGAGGUAAGGAAGUGGGUUACGUCACAGCACACACUUAUAGAGCUUUGUGUUAAUCAUAUUAGAUCACAUACUAGUGUAUGGCAGAAAACAGUGUGUGUGUGUGAUUAGCGUUCCUCGUAUGAAUGGUCUUCCGUCGCAUUAUUCAUAGGAAAUAUGCUACUGUACUUGUAAAUAUAUACAAAUAUUAAGUUAUUUUGAAAUAAAGAAAUGCUCUUUGUAUUUGUACAGAUUAGUGCCAAAGAAUUUAUAUAUUAUUUGUAAUAAAACUGUAAACGAAUGGAA